UCGGCCCACCGAGUUCGUUUACACAUGGCCAGCUAAACUCCUGCCGUCAGGCGGUAGGAUAAAAACAUCAGGGUUUGUUGAAGUAUUUUAGACCUUUUCGGCAUUAUGUUGAAAUCUAAAACCUUCGUUAAAAAGACCCGGUCGGGUGGGGUAAUGAAAAUUGUGCGUGAGCAUUAUCUGAGAGAUGAUAUUUGGUGUGGAAGUGAAGCUUGUACUGAAUGCAAACAGGAGUCCACAGUACUGCAGAAAGACGCGUGUAUCGAGAGCAAUCUCUGCUCUUUUCCUCAUUAUCUGAUCCCUGACACUAACGUGGUCCUGCAUCAGGUAAUUUUAGCGGAAUAAAGUAUCUAUCUAUUGCUAGUACUGUCUAUAGACACGUUCAUUGAACGUGAACCAGGAGAGAGCGCCAAUGACCGUAAUGACCGGGCAAUCCGCGUGGCAGCCAAAUGGUACAGCCAGCACCUGAACACAUCAGAGUCAGACACAGAAGGGCUCAAGGUGGUGCUCCUCACCAACGACGUAGGGAACAAGCAGAAAGCAGAGGAGAGCGGUCUGCUGGUGUACAAAUGUGAAGAGUACAUCAAGAGUUUGAUAGCGAAUCCUGAGCUUGUGGAUCGUCUGGCUUUGUCUAAUGAUGACAAGACUGAGGUCACUAGCAGUAAAGUGUUGUUUCCGGAGCAUCUUCCUUUGUCCAGGGUCCAAGUUGGAAUUAAGAGUGGCUCCUUCCUCCAGGGCACUUUCAGGGCCAGCAGGGACAACUAUCUGGAGGCCACUGUGUUUGUCCAGGGAGAAGAGGACAACAGCACAGAGAUUCUCAUCCAGGGUCUCCAGAACCUCAACAGAGCAGUACACCAGGAUGUGGUUGCCGUGCAGCUGUUGCCACGGAACCAAUGGGUGGCGCCUUCUGCAGUCGUGCUGCAGGAUGAAGGCACAGCAAAGGAUGAUAACACUGAAGAAGAGGAGGAGGAGAAAGCGUUGAGGAUAUCAGAAGCUGAGGCAGCCAGGAAGCCCACAGGAAAAGUAGUGGGAAUCAUCAAAAGGAACUGGAGGCCGUUCUGUGGCAUGCUGAAUGUUUCCCAAAUCAAAGAGUCCACCCGGCACCUCUUCACCCCAGCAGACCGGCGUAUCCCACGCAUUCGGAUUGAAACACGUCAGGCAGCCACGCUGGCAGGUCAGAGGAUCAUGGUGGCCAUCGAUGGCUGGCCCAAAGACUCCAGAUAUCCAAAUGGUCACUUUGUGCGCAGUCUGGGAUGUGCAGGAGAGAAGGACACGGAGCAGGAGGUCCUGCUGCUGGAGCAUGACGUUCCACACCAGGACUUCUCUCAGGCUGUGCUCAGUUUUCUUCCCAAGAUGCCUUGGGCCAUCACGCCAGAGGACAUGGUGAAACGAGAGGACCUGAGGAAUUUGACAGUGUGCAGUGUGGAUCCUCCAGGAUGCACAGAUAUAGAUGAUGCCCUGCACUGUAGAGAGCUGGAAAAUGGAAAUCUUGAGGUGGGCGUCCACAUUGCUGAUGUCAGUCACUUCAUCAGACCUGGCAACGCUCUGGACAAAGAGGCUGCCAGCCGUGGCACCACUGUGUACUUAUGUGGCAAAAGGAUAGACAUGGUCCCUGAGCUGCUCAGCUCCAACCUUUGUUCUCUGCGCUCCAACGUGGAGAGGCUGGCUUUCUCGUGUAUCUGGGAAAUGAACCACAAGGCAGAAAUCCUUAAGACCCGUUUCACAAAAAGUGUUAUUAACUCCAAGGCGUCUCUGACUUAUGCUGAGGCCCAGAUGAGGAUCGAUGACACCAACAAGAAUGAUGAUAUCACGAAAAGCUUGCGUGGGCUCAACAAAUUAGCCAAAAUCCUCAAGAGGCAGAGGAUAGAGAAAGGGGCGCUGACACUGUCGUCCCUGGAGGUCCGCUUCCACAUAGACAGUGAAACCCAUGACCCCAUUGACCUCCAGACAAAAGAACUCAUGGAGACAAACUCCAUGGUGGAGGAGUUCAUGUUGCUGGCCAAUAUUUCAGUUGCCCAGAAGAUUUAUGAUGAAUUUCCAGAGUGCGCUUUGUUGAGGAAACAUCCAGCCCCUCCUCCGUCCAACUAUGACAUCCUGCUCAAGGCUGCAAAGUCAAAGGAGGUUGAGAUCCACACAGAUUCGGCCAAGGCGCUGGCCGACUCCCUCGACGUGGCCAAAGUGGACGGCUUCCCGUACUUUAACACGCUACUGCGCAUCUUGGCCACUCGGUGCAUGAUGCAAGCUGUCUACUUUUGCUCUGGCAUGGACAGCGAUUUCCACCACUACGGCCUCGCCUCACCCAUUUACACACACUUCACGUCACCUAUUAGGAGAUACGCAGAUAUCAUAGUGCACCGCCUGCUGGCUGUGGCCAUAGGAGCAGACAACACCUACCCAGAUUUGAUGGACAAACAUAAGCAGUCGGCCCUGUGCAACAACCUCAACUACAGACACAAAAUGUCUCAGUAUGCACAGAGAGCAUCCGUGGCCUUCCACACACAGUUGUUCUUCAAGAGCAGAGGCAUCCUGAACGAAGAAGGGUAUGUUCUGUUUGUGAGGAAGAACGCCAUCAUCGUACUCAUACCAAAGUUUGGCCUGGAGGGAACGGUCUUCUUUGACAGCAAAGACAAAGUUGCCACAAGUGUUGUUUUUGAUGAGGAGGGUCCCACUCUGACAGUGCAGCAACACACGUUCCACAUAUUUGACAAAGUGAAGGUCACCAUCAGCUUAGACGACUCCAAUAUUCAGCACCAGAAGAUCCGCAUGGCUCUGACCUACCCUGUGAUCCCUGGUGUGAGUGUUCCUGCCCCGGAUACAGAACCACAGGCCAAGAAGCCAAAACUGGACCGCUGACACAGGAAGGAACACUGUAAUUCAUCUGAACCACAGGAUGAUUGUCUUGAUUAUUUGAUGGAGGAACACAGUUAACUGUUUUUGCUUUGAGCAGUUAUGCUCAUUUUAAUAAAUCUAACACAGUAAAGACACAUAGCUCCAAUCCGCUUCUUAUAUUUGUCAUUUUAUAUGGUUGGAAACAUUUGUUAGUACAUAUAACUAGUUGUGCAACAUGUCAUAGGUGAUAUUUUCAUUAAAAUAAAUUUUUAUCAA